AUGAGAUCGAAGCCAGCCGGUGUGACUCGGAUGAGUUCGAUUCCCACCCCCAUCGUCGAGUCGCGUCGACCCCGAUCCAAGUUGAGGCUUCAUCCGCUCAUCGGUUAUGCGGUCAUCAGCGCAUUCAUCCUACUCGCCAAUUUGGACUUCUUCCCCAUCACCGCCCACGCCCUCUCUACCUCGUCCUAUUACCGUGCUCACAAGCCAAAAGCCGCUGCAAAGCAUAUCAUGCAUUCCCAUUACUCGGGCGCUGAGCCUGAGCCUGCUGAACCUCCAACUGCGGAUUCGGAUUCCAGCUACAAUGAUACCGACUCUCAGGAGACGUACAAGAAUGGUGCGGUCUCAGCUACCUAUUUCGUGAAUUGGGCUAUCUAUGGCCGCCAUCACUUCCCUUGGGAGGUCCCUGUGGAAUCGGUGACCCACGUGUUCUAUGCGUUUGCAAAUGUGAGACCUGAGUCGGGUGAAGUGUACCUGACUGACUCUUGGGCAGAUGAACAAAUACAUUGGGCCGACAGAGGUGACAGUUGGAAUGAUUCCGGGAAUAAUCUCUAUGGCUGCUUCAAUCAAUUCCGCCAGCUGAAGCAAAAAAACAGACAUCUCAAGCUUAUUAUUUCGAUUGGAGGUUGGUCUUACAGCGCCAACUUUGCUCCCGCGACCAGCUCGCCGGAAAAACGACAGAAGUUUGUAGACUCAGCGAUUGCGAUCGUCGAAAAUUAUGGCCUUGAUGGACUUGAUUUGGAUUGGGAAUACCCCACCAAUGAUAAGGAGGCCGACCAAUUAGUGGACGUACUACGCCGGGCUCGUAGUGGACUUAACAAACUCAAGCAGAAGAAAAAUGACCAAAGUCCCUACGUCCUCACUAUAGCCGCUCCAUGUGGCCCCAAUCAUUACAAGCAGCUUCACCUCAAGGAGAUGACUCGUUAUUUGUCAUUCAUCAACUUGAUGGCGUAUGACUAUGCAGGAUCAUGGGAUACACUUUCUGGCCAUCAAGCGAAUCUUCAUCUGACCAACUCAUCUGCCGUGAACCAGGGCAACUUUUCCACAGCUGCUGCUGUUGAGUACUACAUGUCUCAAUCGGUCCCUGCCUCGAGUCUCGUCGUUGGCAUGCCCCUCUAUGGUCGCUCGUUCCUCAAUACCAAGGGGAUUGGUCAAGCUUACAACGGUCUUGGCCAAGGAAAUUGGGAGCCAGGAAUUUACGACUACAAGACGAUCCCCAUGGACAACGCGAAAUUGGUUGAAGAUAUGAAGGCCGUAGGAGCAUACACUUACAACCCAUCCAAUCAGGAACUCAUCACUUUCGACACCCCCAACACGGUUCGCCGGAAGGUAAAGUAUAUCGAGAAGCACGGCCUCGGCGGAGUCAUGUGGUGGGAGAGCUCUGGCGACAAACAAAAUUCGGAUGGGGCCCUGAUUCCCCUGGCGGCGAAACUUUUAGGCAAACUUGAUUCGACGCCAAAUCAUCUCAGCUAUCCUGGUAGUAAGUGGGACAACCUGAAAAGCAACCACCCUCCAUCCAACUCUUCUGUCACGCCAUCGGGUGGAUACCGUGCUCACAACCAACACCGAGCCCAUAAAACCCAUCACAAACAUAGCGUGCAUCAUCACAAAGUAAAACAAUACCAUCCGGUGCAGGGCAGCUAUUAA